CCAUGGGAGCUAUUUGCACCUUCCCCCACUGAAUAAUUACCGCACCCCUCUAUUUCCUCUGUUAUAAAAUCUUUCUUCCUAGUUCCCAUAUUACUAGAGAAUUUUCCCGUGUACACCCCCAAUUCUAAAUUGUAAUGGUUAACUUAAUGAAAUGGAAGCUUUUUUCCAGUGUAGUCGCUCUGAAUUCCACUUGCAAAUGUUGAUGAAGGUUUUGCAUUGUUGAUUAAACCCCACUUUCAAGCUUUCCGUUGAUUCUUUAUGUUGAGGAGAGACAAAUCUCGGCAAGACAAGACAGAAAUGAAAAACGAAGAGCAAGACCGGUCUCUGUUUGGGGUUUCUCUCACUGACAGACCCAGAUGGCAACAGUUCCUCAUUUGCUCUUCUGGCUUCUUCUUUGGAUACCUUGUCAAUGGCAUCUGCGAGGAAUAUGUAUAUAACAGACUCCAGUUCAGCUAUGGAUGGUACUUCACAUUUGUUCAAAGCUUUGUCUACAUUUUCCUGAUUUAUCUCCAAGGCUUUACCACCAAGCAAAUGGUGAACCCAUGGAAGACUUAUGUCAAGCUCUCUGCAGUUCUUAUGGGCUCCCAUGGGCUCACAAAAGGAUCUUUAGCUUUUCUUAAUUACCCUGCACAGAUCAUGUUUAAAUCCACCAAGGUUCUGCCAGUGAUGGUGAUGGGGGCCUUUAUUCCAGGACUCAGACGGAAAUAUCCAGCACAUGAAUACAUAUCAGCAAUCCUUCUGGUGGUGGGGUUGAUUCUUUUCACCUUAGCAGAUGCAAAAACUUCUCCAAAUUUCAGCAUCAUUGGUGUUGUGAUGAUAUCUGGUGCUUUAAUCAUGGACUCCUUUCUUGGCAAUUUGCAAGAAGCUAUCUUUACUAUGAAUCCUGAAACUACACAGAUGGAGAUGUUGUUUUGUUCAAGUGUUGUGGGUCUGCCUUUCUUAAUCCCUCCCAUGAUCUUCACUGGAGAGUUAUUCAGAGCUUGGAAUUCUUGUUCUCAGCAUCCAUACGUAUAUGGGGUGUUGGUGUUUGAAGCCAUGGCGACGUUUAUUGGGCAAGUGUCUGUGCUUUCGCUGAUUGCCCUUUUUGGAGCGGCCACCACAGCCAUGGUGACGACGGCGAGGAAGGCAGUGACUUUAUUACUAUCAUAUAUGAUAUUCACGAAGCCAUUGACAGAACAGCAUGGGACUGGGCUUCUAUUGAUAGUCAUGGGGAUCACAUUGAAGCUCUUGCCCGAGAACAAGCAGCCUUCCAAGCCCAAGUUUCAGAAACAUCCCUCUUCCUCUUCCUCUUCCUCAACUCAAGAUAUUGAAGCUCAAGAAGAGAAUAGACCAUUGGUCUAACAUUUUAUAGUACUACUGUUUUUGCUUGUUAUUCUACAACUGCCAUGGAUGAUAUAUUUCUGUAUUUAUUAGUUCUUUCUAUUUUAAAGCCAAUCCAGUAUUGAAAGAC